AUGUCCAACGUCUUCUUCUACGAGCCCUUCUACGACUUUGACCGCUUCUUCGACGAAGCCUUUGGUGGACAACGCGUCCCAUCAGUCGGUCGCCAGAUCCAAUCUCGUGUCGCCGAGGAGGACGGUGCCGUUAGACAUUUCAAGCCAAGGAUGGACCUCCACGAGGACUCCGAAAAGAACCUCGUAACCGCCUCGUUCGAGCUCCCCGGCCUGAAGAAGGAGGACGUCAGCAUCGACGUGCACAACGGACGACUGACCGUCUCCGCAGAGACCAAGGCGUCCUCUGAAUUCGAAGAGAAUGGCUAUGCAGUCCGCGAGAGGAGAUUUGGCAAGCUCUUGCGAACUCUCCAGCUUCCUACCGGUCUGAAGGAGGAAGAUAUCAAAGCCAGUAUGGAGAAUGGUGUCCUGACGGUCACCUUCCCCAAGUCCUCGCCAGAAUUGGCGCCCAGGAAGAUCGCCAUCUCUUAA